UCUCGACGAAAUCUGCAGCGAUCCAUCUACUUGAGUACUUCAUUCCUCGAGCUAACCGUAGACAGGCAGCCUAAGUUUGGGAUGGUCCUAAUCCUUACCAUAACCUUAACCCACAUAUGACAUCAUAUUGCUAAAAUGUGCAGGACCGUCUCCAAUCUAGCGUUCUCUCACAAUAAGCGCAUUCUGAACAUCAGUGACACGCUACCUGGCAUUAAAUUUUAGUACGGUUACUAGACUACACUCAAAAAUUAUUUCAUUUAGAUUCAAACAAUCAAAGAAUUAGUAAUAAAAGGCUGGGACAGGCGAGCUGAAAAAUAACAGGACUACAAAAACUUGAUUGAAAAAGAGUAAAAUGUUGACUACCGCCUUGGAGGAUGGGUUGAUAACUUGAUAAGGUCAACUUUGAGUUAGAUCAAAGGUCAAUGUAAACAGGGUUAGCGCUAAUCCCAACCCUACUCGUGGACUUAUAUUUACAUCUCCGCGACCGUGACAAUAAUUGAGCUGGCCUUAACAAAUAGAUUUAUACUAUUUAUUAUAACUCUAUGAUUUAGCCCAGUGAUUCUCAACCAGUGUGCAGCAGCACACAGGUGUGACGCGAGAUCUUCCAAAGUGUCCCGCGAAAUUUUGAAUGGCACACUAAGAAAAUGCGAAAAACCAUGUGAUCCCAAUUGGAUUCACUGGUGUCUACUGAUAAGUUCAUCUGUGUGUUAAAUUUAGAUUGAGUUAUUCUAUGUGUCUAUGACUAGUCUCUGUCGAGUGUGUCUACUAUAGGGUUGUAUUCCGUCUGACUUAUCAUGUUUGUAUUCUGCAAAAUUAAAAUAUAUUUCAUAUAUAUUUAGGCAGGUGUGCCGGUAUAUUUUCAAGUGUUCCAAGGUAUGCCGUUGGCAAAAAAAGGUUGAGAACCACUGAUUUAGCCCUUUGGAGCGUGCACUUUGUAGACAAAAGGGAAACAACUUUUGUACAGCCAUCAACUUCGCCAAAAUGAACCGCAUCAUCAUAACAGCAGACGAUUUUGGGUAUAGCAAAGAAAGAAAUAUGGGGAUUGUGGAAUGUUUUUUGAGCGGGACUGUGACAACUAUAUCUUUACUUGUAAAUGGUAUCCAUUGUGAAGAUGCCAUUCAACUAGCUGCUAAACACAAUAUUCCACUGGAGAGAAUAGGUCUACAUUUAAAUUUAUCAGAGGGAACACCUUUGUCACUUCCAGAAUAUGUAGCAAGUCUACUGAAUAAAGAAGGGUUUUUCCGUGGAAAGAUUGGAUUUUGUAAUGCCAUCAAAGCAAGACUAAUAAAAUAUAAUGAGGUUAAACUAGAGAUUAAAGCUCAGAUAGAUAAAUAUCGUAUAUUAACUGGAAGAUUACCAUUACAUGUAGAUGGACAUCAACAUGUUCAUGUCACAGAUAUAAGAGAAAUAUUUAGUGAUGUUUUAAAAGCAAAUGGUAUAAACUGUACAAGACAAUGUGGAGAAUUAAAUAUUGACAAAUAUUUAUAUAUAGAUGAUGCUAGAAGAAGGUUUUAUGUAGAAAAAUCAGAAGAAUCAGGGAUAGCUAAAAUUGUUUUUAGGAACAAUGGGAUAUGGUGUCCUGACUAUUUUGUUGGAUUAAGUACAAGUGGUGCUGAUAUGAAUAUAGAAAGAUUAAAAGCUGCUAUAACUAAAGCUUUUAAUUUCAAUACUGGAGAUGCAACAAAACAAUUUGUAUGUGAGAUUAUGGUACAUCCUGGCUAUUGUACUAAACAAGAUGGGGGUUGUGGUUGUGGACCAGAUGACUUCUCUAAAAUACAAGAUCGAGAGCAUGAAAUGGAUAUUCUAAAAAGUGAUAAACUUAAAGAGACUUUUAGUGAACUUGGAGUAUCUUUAAUAUCUUAUUGUAACAUAAAAGUGAGUUAACCUUGUCAAGUACAAAAUUGCAAAAUAAAUUCCUACCUUGCAAUCCA